GGGCGGCGCCGCCCCGCCCACCGCCGCGCUCGGGCCCGCCGGCAGACCCACCAUGGACCUGGUGCUGGAGGUCGCUGACCACCACCUGCUCACACCCUACGUGUACCCCACGGGCUGGCCAGAGGACGAGCCCUUCCGCCAGCUGCUCAGCCUCUUCGCCAUCACCAACCUCGGAGCACUCGCCCUCUAUCUGCUCUUCGGCACCCUCAGCUACUACUUCAUCUUCGACCAUGAGCUGAAGAAGCACCCCCAGUUCUUAGAGAACCAGGUGCAACGGGAAAUCAUCUACGCGCUGCGCUCCCUGCCCUGGAUCAGUGUCCCCACCGUCGCCCUCUUCUUUGCUGAAGUCCGGGGCUACAGCAAACUGUAUGACAACAUUGAGGACUCCCCCUACGGCUGGCCUGGAGUCUUCCUCAGCAUGCUGUCCUUCCUCUUCUUCACUGACAUGGGCAUCUACUGGAUACACCGAGGCCUCCACCACAGGCUGUUCUAUAAGCGCUUCCACAAACCCCACCACCUCUGGAAGAUCGCAACGCCCUUCGCCAGCCAUGCCUUCCACCCCGUGGAUGGCUUCAUGCAGAGCCUGCCCUACCACGUCUACCCCUUCCUCUUCCCCCUGCACAAAAUCACCUACCUGGGCCUCUACAUCUUCGUCAACGUCUGGACCAUCUCCAUCCACGACGGCGACUAUCGCGUCCCCCGACUGCUGCGGCACAUCAUCAACGGCUCUGCCCACCACACCGACCACCACCUCUACUUUGACUACAACUACGGGCAGUACUUCACCCUGUGGGACAAGAUUGGUGGAUCCUACAAGAGCCCCACUGCCUUUGAAGGCAAAGGCCCCCACGACUACAUGCGCAAGCUGCGGGAGAAUGGCUCGGCGUGUCCCAAUGGUGACACUGACAAGACCAAGUAGGUGUCCCCGGGUUGGCUGCAACCCCAACAGACUCUGUCUCAUCCCACCCCUCCUGAGCCUUUUUGGACAACAUCCCCCCAUAGAAGGAGUCUCCAUCUCCUCCCAUCGCUCGGCAGUUCUCAGCAUCCCAAACCCCUCUCUCCCCUUGGCCAAGAGGUGCACUCAUGCUGAUGUGCACACGGAAAGGAGGAUGCCACACAGUUACCUCCACUUCUACACCACACACCCACCACCCAUGGAUGCUCAUUCACAGCCCAUCUGAGCCGCUCUGGGACCUCCUCUGCUCGUGGGUGGGUCUUGGACCCCCCCCACCCCCAAACCCCAGCAUUCCCACCCCUCCUCAUGGCACACAGACACCUUAACGCUACUCAAAGCUGCUGCUAUUUGGACUUCUUGGAGAUACACAUGCCACAUUUGUGCCCCAUGUUAGCAUGUGCUCUCUCCAACCUGUAUGAUUGUGAGUACUGCCCACUCAGCAGGACACGUGCACUGUCAGCAGCUCCAAGAGCUCCAUCCCUGCUCCCAGAGCAGCACUCUCCAUCCUUGCUUCACGCUGCAAACCUCGGCUGCAAUGCAAACUCACCCCACUGCCAUCACCACCUGCGAGUCCAUACAGGGGCCCUGCACACAAACAGCAUUGCAAUACAAGCGUGGCAGUAACGGCACACGUCGUUGGGUCUCCAUCCAUCUGCACCCAUCACUCUUCCUCUGUGUGCUGCCAUGGACACUUGUGUGGCCAGCACGGGUCUUCCUGAUGGCUCCUCGGCUUCUGGACACACUGGGACUUCUUGGCACUGGACAAGGGCUCCUUCAUCUCACCUGAAGAUGCCACGUGAGAACUUAGCACGGAGGGGCACACCUGGAGAUCAGAGGUAGACAUUGAGCCCUUUGAGCUCACAGGGAACGUUAGGGGAGGGGAAGCAGGAGGGCUCAGAAGCUGGGGAUGGGGGGAGCUGUGGUUCCUGGCUGGUUUCCCCACCCCAAAAAGCCAAUGUGCUUCCUUUGGACACCUGACUGCCCUGCCUUUGGUUAGGCUGACCUUUAAUAAAGCUCAUUUGCCAACUUUGA